AUGUUAAAGAAUAUUACACUUGUUGUUAAAAAUAUCCCAAUAAACCAAUCAGUUUCACCACUAUAUAAACAAUCAAUCUUUAAUAAUAAUAAUUUAAGAUUCUAUUGUUCAGUAGCUAGUACAGUACCAAGAGAUCAAAAAAUUGUUGUUGUUACAUCAGGUAAGGGUGGUGUUGGUAAAACUACAACAUCUGCCUCCAUUGCCUUUGGUUUGGCUGAAAAAGGUUUCAAAACAUGUGUUAUUGAUUUUGAUAUUGGUUUAAGAAACUUAGAUAUUCAUUUUGGAAUGGAACGUAGAGUUAUUUUUGAUUUUAUAAAUGUAAUUAAUGGUGAUUGUACUUUAAAGCAAGCUCUUAUAAAGGAUCGUCGUAAUCCAAAUUUAUCAUUAUUAGCAGCAUCACAAACUAAAGAUAAAACAGCAUUAAAAAUGGAAGGUGUUGAAAGAGUUUUAGAAGAGUUAAAAGAUAAUUUUGAUUAUAUUGUUUGUGAUAGUCCAGCAGGUAUUGAGAGUGGUAGCCACCAUGCAAUGUUUUGGUCAGAUCACGCAAUUAUUGCAACCAACCCAGAGUUAUCAUCAGUUAGAGAUAGUGAUAAAAUGUUAGGUAUUAUUGCAUCAAAAUCAAAACGUGCUUUAGAAAAUAAAGAACCAGUCAAUGUAAGUUUAUUAAUUACUCGUUAUUCACCAGAAAGAGUUGAAAGUGGUAGUAUGCUAUCAGUUAAAGAUAUUCAAGAAAAUCUUGGUAUUAGAUUACUUGGUGUUAUCCCUGAAAGUGAAGAUAUUUUAAAUUGUACAAAUUUAGGUAAACCUGUUGUUACUUUAAAAGACGAUAGUGAUGCCGCCGAAGCCUAUAGAGAUGCCAUUGAUAGAUUUGUUGCACCAAAAAAUAAUGUCCCAUUUAGAUUUAUUGAACCAAAAAAACAUUCAUUCUUUGAUAAAAUCAAAGGAUUAAUGAAUUAA